GCACGAGCACGAUAUAAAAACAAGUCUCGCGCGCGCGGAGCUGUGAAAGUGUACCACUAAUGGAGGAGACGUGAGAAUAUGGCGUAAGGCUGGAUCGGGUCGUUGUGGAUAAACGCUGCUGAAGAUUGUUUGUUUUUGUUUGUUUGUGACUUUUGACGUUUCUCCUCCUCCUCCCACGUGAGUCAGCUGACAGCAGCAUGGGGAUGCUGCUCAUACUCGCUGUCCUGGGAGUGGCGACAGCCGGGCUGGUGAUGGCUGACUGUCCAGUGGUGUGCGAAUGCCCGGCAGUGCCCCCAUCAUGCCCCCCUGGUAUAAGCUCUGUCCCCGAUGGCUGCGGCUGCUGCAAGGUGUGUGCCGCACAGCUGAACCAAGACUGCUACGAGGGACAGCCAUGUGACCACCAUAAAGGACUAGAGUGCAACUACGGGAACGAUGUGGGCCGUACCCAUGGCAUCUGCAGGGCAAAGGCAGAGGGCCGCUCCUGUGAAUACAACGGUCGAAUCUAUCAGAAUGGUGAGGACUUCCAUGCUGGCUGCAAGCACCAGUGUACCUGCAUCGAUGGAGCGGUGGGGUGUGUGCCCCUUUGCCCCAGCCAUGUGCCCCUGGCUUCCCCUUCCUGUCCUGCCCCACAGUUAGUAAAAGUGCCAGGCCAGUGCUGCCUCAGCAUCGACUGCCAUAAGGGAACCUCUGUUGUGCCUCAAGCCCACAGCCGACCCCCGCCUUACCCAUUCCUGCCCUACCCGGCCUAUCCCUACUCGAAGCUUUAUCCAAAACCUCACCGCAAGCCGUACCCUUUCAAACCCAAAAAGGAGAAGGGCGCUAUGGGCAACGAGCUGUUGGAGGUGGAGCGCGAAUGGGACGAGGCACGAGGAAACAAACACCUGAUAGCCUGGAGCAAGUUUGAAGACCGGUGUGCCGUUCAGACCACUUCCUGGUCCGAGUGUUCCCGGAGCUGUGGGAUGGGCGUGUCUUCACGUGUCACCAACGACAACGCUCGAUGUAAGCUGGUCAAGGAGACGCGUCUGUGCAACAUUCGUCCCUGCAGCUCUGUGUCGAUCCCUGUUAAGAAAGGAAGGAAGUGCUCUCGCACCCACAAGGCCCCGGAGCCGCACCGUUUGUCCUACGCCGGCUGCAGGAGCGCCCGCCUGUACCGACCCAACUACUGCGGCGUGUGCAGGGACGGCCGGUGCUGCUCCCCCCGGCGCACCCGCACGGCCAACGUGACCUUUGUCUGCCCCGACGGGGAACUCUUCAGCAGGUCUGUGAUGUUCAUCCAGUCCUGCAAGUGCAGCGGCGAGUGCAACCAUCUCAACGAGGCGGCCAUGCCGCCACAGAGGUGGCUUUACGGAGACACGCACAAGUUCAAGGACUAGUGGUGUCCCCCCGUGCCUUCGCCCCACCUACAUUCCUCCAUAAAAACAUAAAAGCACUGCCUAUUUUAGAGUAGCUGGCUAGCGUACGUACCAGUAGAAGCAAGCAGCUUUCACGCAUCCGAACGUCGAUUCCGAGAAGGAAUCAGAGAAGAAAAACGAAACCACACGAGCAAACUUCCAACGAGCUUUAGAGUAGAUUACAAGCUGCGUUUCGGCUCGACCAGACUUCAAACUGUGACUAAACCUUUCUGUGAGAUCUGGACGAGGUCCGUCUUAACGUCUUCUGCCACGCUCCCGAUGUUCCCAGACAACGGGACUUCUUCUGGGAACGACGGCGAGAGCGGAAGCCUUGUUACUCCGUGAGCAUCGACACCUGCGGAGGGGUAAAAGCUGCAAACCGGUUUCAUACAGUCCAGCUGAACGCGUAGAACGAAUGUCGACGAGGAGCACGGACUGGGACGGCAGGGGAGGCUGGCUGAACUCUUUUAGUAUUUAUUCACUGAUAUUUAUUGUUGAGACUGACCCGGUGGCUCGCCAGGAGGAGGUGGUACUGCUGUUCGGAGGAUAUCUCAGAGGGACAAAUCCAUCGGAGAACGGAUGAGAAGAAAGGGACAACCGCCGCUGGGACUUCAGGUACCCAGUGGUGUGAAGUGGGGAAACACUGAGGACUUGUACAAAUCCAGAGAGACGGUGUUUGCACAGCUGGACUCUUCUCCUGCCUCACUUCAGCGAGCAGCAGCAGGACAGCGACGCCUGACUCUGGCGUCAACCAGUCGACCGUCUAAUUCGGUGCAAAUUACAAUCCCUGAGAAGCAGCGAGAGCAAAUCAGCCCCUCUCGGGUUUGCUGUAAAAAUAAAAUCUGAAAACUGUGUGUGCGAUGAGGUAAACAUGUAAUUUGUGACUUGUGGGUGGAACCGCUUUACAGCCUAAUCUGGCCUGUAAUUGAGCUGCGCUGAAACAAAACAAGAACCCGCUCCUUCUCACGUCAAAGAGGUGUCUGUGUCUGAAAAGUGCUGACGUACCUUUCUGUUCCAAGUGUAGCGGCACAUCUUUGAUUCUCACCAGCCUGCAGUGCUGCAGAGACGUACUUGCUCCCUUUAUUUGCUCACGCACCGGCGAAACAGUAAGAACCAGAAUCUGGUGCAAAAGUCCAUCUGUGUCAGUGAUCCGGCUCGGACUGCGAGACCAUCUAAAGGCUCAGGAACCCUCUGCAGGUCUUCUGGACUCAGGAAUGGGACACGUUUAGAACAUUCUGAUAUUCUGAUUGCCCGAGGCUCUGAACGUGGGCGUUUCAUCCGCUGUGAGAUGUAAUCAUCACAACAACAACAAAUAAAGGCGGAAACAUCUGGAUUUGCCUGGAACGAGUCCGUCUCGCAGAUUUGAUUCACCUUUUAUGUUGGAUUACUAACAUAAAUUCACUUUUGCACCAGUUUCUCUUUUCUUGUUUUGCCUGCAAAUGUUUCAGAUCAGCAACAGAAUUUCUGUGUCAGACAGAGAUGAUGUGAGUAAAUACGAAACGCAGAUUUCAAAUGACGAUUUCAGUUCAUUAUUGAACAAAUCCAUCAAACCAGCCGUGUCCAGUGUGUGAGUCAUCUCCCUUAGGCUAGAUCUUGAAUGAACUGAGUUCAUUUACAGCAGCCGCAGUCAGACCUGCUGGAUUAAGAAUCGCUUCAUUCAAACCAGUCUGGUAACACGAAGGAGGCUAAAAAAAUCUCAAAAAGCAACACACAAGAACCCAAAACAACAUCUAAAGCCCUGCAGGACUCAGUGGGUCAGGGUCAGAGGUCAUAGUUCAACAUGGGAGAGUUGUAAGACCCUUCUGGUGACCCCGACGGCUGCUGGUCCCAAACCCCAACACUAGAACAUCAGUCAGACACGGAGAUGGUAGUGUGAUGGUCUGGGGCUGCUCUGUUGCUUCAGGACCUGGACCAACUGCUGUAACCAGAAAUCAGUGGCGUGCCCAGAUCUUUUAAAAUGGGGUGGCACCAAUGGUUAUGAUUUUUUUCUACCCCAAGCAUUUUGUAGACAAGUCUAUUUAAUGGGAAUUCAGUGGGGUGGCCAAUCAGAUUCCAAGGGUGGCAUGUGCUACCCCAGGCCACCCCCUGGACACGCCCCUGCCAGAAAUGUCUGACCUUUGACCUUAAACAGCCCAUUCCUGCUGGAAAACCCACAGAGACGAGGGAUUCCUCAGCAGUCGUCACAGCUGCUGCUGCCGGUCCUGUAAAGAUGCUCGGUGAUCGUUGCUUUUUCACACGGGUAACUUUGGUUUGCUGAUCUGACACCGUUAAAUACGACCCCCGACGAGCAGCAACCCGACCACAACCUCUAUGGUGCACCUUACAGACCCUGUCUCCUUCGCGGGCAGGCCCUAUCUAAAUAACGUGUUUGUUUUUAAACGUAAAAAGACUUUAUUCUGGUGGCGCAGCUCGUCCACGAACCUUUCCACGUGCCGACAAGCUUCAGAUGUUCGCCGACAGAUCCCCGACGAGGGUUUGUUCAGAGCAGCUAUGUACGGACGAUCUCUGCCGUAUAAAAGCCUGUCUUCAUCUACGUUUAAACAGUUUAGAGCAUGAUCGUACGACUCAUCGUGGUGGCUGAGAUUAUCUGUAUUAUAACUAAAUAUCUGCUUUCACAGCUGGGCAACAAACGUACGGCCGGCAUCUGAGGUGGAUUCUGUUCAUGUCUCAGUUGUUUUUGAAUAAAGAGAUUUUCAUCCUGA